AUGGCUGAGCCCCGCCAGGAGUUCAAUGUGAUGGAAGACCAUGCUGAGACGUAUGAGCUGGGGGAGAGGAAAGAUCUCCCCUCUCAGGGAGGCUACACCCUGCUGCAAGAUCACGAGGGUGAUGCCGACCAUGGCCUGAAAGAAUCUCCCCUGCAGACCCCCGCUGAUGAUGGAUCUGAGGAACCAGGCUCUGAAGCCUCUGCUAAGAGCACUCCGACAGCCGAAGACGUGACAGCGCCCCUAGUGGAUGAGAAAGCACCCGGCGAGCAGCCUCACACGAAGAUCCCAGAAGGAACCACAGCUGAAGAAGCAGGCACUGGAGAGACCCCCAGUUUGGAGGACCAAGCUGCUGGACACGUGACUCAAGAUCUCCCCACGGAGCCUGGGAGUGUCAAGGUUGUCCAAGAAGGCAUCCUCAGUGAGCCAGGGCACUGUGGAGGCGAGGCCACUGACCCAGGUACCCUGGGUCUGACCCAGCAGCUCACUUCCGACAUGGCUGGGGCUUCCAGCCUGCCUGAAGGCCCCAGAGAGGCCCACCAGCUGGGGACAGAGCUUGAGGACACAGAGGGAAGCCACCGUGGCUCUGAGCUGCUGAAGCGCCAGCUUUUGGAAGACCUGCCCCUGGCAGGGCCCCCUCUGAAGGGUGGCCAGGGCAAAGAGAGGCUGGGGAGCAAGAAGGAGGUUGAUGAAGACCGUGACAUAGACGAGUCCUCGCCCCAGGACUCCCCUCCCUCCCAGAUCUUCCCACAUCCACAGAAGUCCCCAACGCUAGCCGGGCCACCCCCCGAGACAGUUUCCAGAGAAGCCACUGGCAUCCCCAGUCCACCAGCUGAGGGUGCCAUCCCCCUCCCUGUCGGUUUCCUCCCCAAAGUUUCCACAAAGACCCAGGUCUCAGAGCUCCAUGUGCCCAGCGCAGGGCCAGCGGGGGAGGCAGCAGAGAGACAUGAUGCUCCGGCCGAGUUCAUGUUCCAAGAGGAAAUCAAAGCCAACCUGCAGAAGGAACGGGAAUGUUCAGAGUUGGAUUUGGAAGGGGCUGCACUUCCGGGGAGCCCUGGAGAGGAGCAGGAGGCCCGGGGCCCCUCUGUGGGGGAGGACACCCAAGAGGCCGACCUUCCAGAACCUUCUGAAAAGCAGCCUGCAGCUGGUCUGCCAGGGAGGCCCGUCAGCCGGGUACCUCAACUCAAAGCUCGCAUGGUCAGUAAAAGCAAGGAUGGGACUGGAAGCGAUGACAAAAGAGCGAAGACAUCCACACCUUCCUCUGCUAGAACCCUGAAAAAUAGGCCUUGCCUUAGCCCUAAACGCCCCACUCCUGGUAGCUCAGACCCUUUGAUCAAACCCUCCAGCCCUGCCGUGUGCCCAGAGCCAUCUUCCUCUCCUAAACACGUCUCAUCUGUCACACCCCGAACUGGCAGUUCUGGAGCAAAGGAGAUGAAACUCAAGGGGGCAGAUAAAACUGGAACGAAGAUCGCCACACCCCGGGGAGCCGCCCCUCCAGGCCAGAAAGGCCCAGCCAAUGCCACCAGGAUUCCCGCGAAAACCACCCCUGCCCCAAAGACACCGCCCAGCACUGAUGCCAAGAAAGUGCAGAGAAAACUGCCCUCUGCAGGGGCUAAAUCUGAGAGAGGUGACUCUGGAAAAUCUGGGGACCGCAGUGGCUACAGCAGCCCCGGCUCCCCGGGGACUCCUGGCAGCCGCUCCCGCACCCCGUCCCUGCCAACCCCGCCCACCCGGGAGCCCAAGAAAGUGGCAGUGGUCCGCACCCCACCCAAGUCACCGUCCUCAGCCAAGAGCCGCCUGCAGACGGCGCCCGUGCCCAUGCCGGACCUGAAGAACGUCAAGUCCAAGAUCGGCUCCACCGAAAACCUGAAACACCAGCCAGGCGGCGGGAAGGUGCAGAUAAUUAAUAAGAAGCUGGAUCUUAGCAACGUCCAGUCCAAGUGUGGCUCAAAGGAUAAUAUCAAACACAUCCCAGGAGGCGGCAGUGUGCAAAUAGUCUACAAACCAGUUGACCUGAGCAAGGUGACCUCCAAGUGUGGCUCAUUAGGCAACAUCCAUCAUAAACCAGGAGGUGGCCAGGUGGAAGUAAAAUCUGAGAAGCUGGACUUCAAGGAUAGAGUCCAGUCCAAGAUCGGUUCCCUGGAUAAUAUCACCCAUGUCCCUGGCGGAGGGAAUAAAAAGAUUGAAACCCACAAGCUGACUUUCCGCGAGAACGCCAAAGCCAAGACAGACCACGGGGCAGAAAUCGUGUACAAGUCGCCCGUGGUGUCUGGGGACACAUCUCCACGGCACCUCAGCAACGUCUCCUCCACUGGCAGCAUCAACAUGGUAGACUCGCCCGAGCUCUCCACGCUAGCGGAGGAAGUGUCUGCUUCCCUGGCCAAGCAGGGUUUGUGA